CACCCAUCCAGCGACAAAAAGGCAUCUCCGCUCGACUUCCAGAUCUAUUCGUGACUUGAAUCGGCGACAGCUAGUUCUCUCGGACGUGCCUGAUCAUUAUGCGGCUCGACGCUACCGAUCUCCGCUACAUCACCUCUGAGGAGUUCAGGGUUCUCACAGCGGUCGAGAUGGGCUCCAAAAACCACGAAAUCGUGCCCACCGCGCUCAUCGCGCAGAUCUCGGGCCUCCGCAACGGGGGCGUGAACAAGAACCUCGGCGUGCUCGCCAAGCGCAGCCUCGUCGCGCGCAUGCAGAACGCUCGCUAUGAUGGGUAUAGGCUGACCUAUGGCGGGUACGACUUCCUCGCGAUGCGCGCGCUGUCCAAGAGGGACUCGAUGGCUUCUGUGGGGAACCAGAUUGGUGUCGGGAAGGAAUCCGAUAUCUACAUUGUCGCUGAUGCGGAGGGUCAGGAGAUGGUCCUGAAGCUGCAUCGCUUGGGACGUAUCUCCUUCCGCGCGAUCAAGGAGAAGCGAGACUACAUGGGCAAGCGCAAGUCUGCAUCGUGGAUGUACAUGUCUCGCCUGGCUGCCGAAAAGGAAUGGGCAUUCAUGAAGGUUCUGCACGAGCACGGAUUCCCCGUCCCCACGCCGAUCGACCAUGCGCGGCAUUGUAUCCUGAUGGAGUUCAUCGAUGCCUAUCCUCUUCGCCAAGUCGCCGAUAUCCCUUCUCCUGGCAAGCUCUACUCUGAAUUGAUGGACAUCAUCGUGCGAUUUGCCCGCGUGGGCCUCAUCCAUGGCGACUUCAACGAGUUCAACAUCCUCAUCCGGCGAGACACGGGCGAUCCUGUCGUGAUCGACUUCCCGCAGAUGGUCAGCACGUCGCACAUGAAUGCUGAAAUGUACUUCAAUCGCGACGUAGAGUGCAUUCGAAAAUUCUUCCGCAAACGGUUCCGCUAUGAGAGCAAGCUAUACCCUCGCUUUUCGAGCAUGCGGAAUGAUGAGGAUGGAGAAGGCUUCCAGCUGGAUGUCAUAGUUGCUGCUAGUGGGUUCAAAAACCAAGACCAGCGAAUGCUAGAAGAGUACAUGAGUAAUGUGGCGGGAUCGGAAGGCGGUGGUAAUGGCGACGAUGGGGGCGCAUACAGAGAUAACAGGGAGGGGGGUAGCUCGAACGAAGAGGAAGAGGAAGAGGAGGAAAUGGAUGAGGAUGACGACGACAAGGGCGAAGAUGGAGACGAGGACGAUAAGGGGCGGAAGGGAAAGGAUGAGGACGAAGAGGAAGAGGAGGAAGAGGAAGAAGGUAAGAACAAGAAAGAGGAGGUGAAGAACGGAAAAAGAAAAAGAACAAGGGAAGAGUAUGAGCCUGAGGAAAUACAUCGUGGGCGAAGACAAUCACGAUCCCCUUCCUUGACCCCAGGGCCUAGCUCACCGAACGAGCGGCGCGGUGGCGGCGAGGCCAGGCUCUCCCCGCCGCGCAACGUCUCCCGUUCUCCGCCUGCGUCGCGACACGUCUCUCGCUCGCCCGAUUCGAGUGCUCUGCUCGCCGAGCGGAUGGCCGAGAUCAGUAUUGGCGGCUCGCAGCACGACGACGAGUCGUCGGAUGAAGGGUCCUCGCACGAGGGCGGAAGUUCGCGCAGGAGAGACGUGCCGCAGCUGGCGCGGACGCAGGCUGCAAAGCAGAGGGCUCGACAGAAACGAAAACACGGAUCGAAAACUGGUACAGGUGCCGGGCGGCCGAAGGGGAGCAAGGCAAAGAUGGAUACGCGUGUGAAGCUGGAUGACAGUGGGUUCUGGGGUUAGUCGGUUAUGGAUGUCUCUUGCUUGGUUGAGCUCGAGUCUGCCGCUGGUCGUCUGGCGUUGUAAUAUUACGCGUUCGUUCUUGCUUAGGUCGAUACCAUGUACAUGUGGGCAUGUGCUCCAACAUACGCGGAAUAGUAGGUUAACGGAAACCAUCUGGUUGUUCACGGAGACUGCAUCCCGU